AUGCUCGCCAAGACGUGGCACCCGGACAAGCACUCUGGCGCGAGCAAGGCGGCGGCGGAGCAGCGCUUCAAGCAGAUUGCGCUGGCGUACGAGACACUGACGUGGGGCACGAGAGCGCAGUACGGCUCAGCGUCGCGGCCAGGGUACAACCCGUACCAAGGGUACAUGGACUUUGGGGCGGACACGCCCGCUGGCGAGGCGCGCGCGCGGACUGAGCGCCGGCGCAUGCAGUGGACCCUCGGCUGCGUCGCGACCUUUGUGCUUGGGCUGAGCGCCGUCACGCUCUCGGCGCGGAGAGACAACCGGCGGCUCGAGUCGGGCGAGCUGGUCGAGGCGUAUUUCAACCAGGUGACGAGGAGGUGGGAGAAGGCGUCGCCGUCGAUGAAGCGCGACCCGCUCCUCUCCACCCUCGUCCACCUCAAAUCGCCAGAGGCGCGCCAAAGCCCGCCGCCCACUGCCGCCCCGGCCCGACCCCUUCCCAAGCAGGCGGCAGCGCCCAGCCAAGGCGGCCCACCGGCCCAAAAACCACCGGCCCACCAGCCCCCCUGCCCACCGACCACGCAGGUGGUGUACGGCCACGGCCUCACAGGCUCGGGCGGCCAGCCGCGCCACGCGCCGCGCCGCAGCGCACUCACCAUUGACGGGCGCAGAGCGAGCGACGCGUUUCGCGACCGACAGAGCGGCGCGAGGUCGUGA